AUGACUCACACUAAGGUUCUUCCUUUCUUUUUUUAUUUCACCUUUCUUUCUUUCUUUUUCAUUCUUAAUCUCUUCUUCCUUUCUGUCCUGAUUCCUUUCUCCCGAUUUACUUACUUCCUUCCUUUCUUUCUUUCUUUCUUUCUAUCUUUCUCAUCCCCCUUUCAAGACAUACUCUUUCCUCUUUCCUCUCCAUAUAUAUCUUUCUUUCUUAUUUUCUUUUUUCGUUCUUUUCUUAUACAAUUUUAUCUUUACUCUCCUCAUACAUCCUUCUUUCUUUCUUUCUUUCUUUCUUUCUUUUUAAUUAUUACUCUCUUCUCCCUUUCUGUCCUGAUUCCUUUGUUCCGAUUUACUUUCUUUCUUUCCUUCUUUCUUUCUUUCUUUCUUUCUUUCUUUCUCAUUCCCCUUUCAAGACAUACUCUUUCCUCUUUCCUCUCCAUAUAUAUCUUUCUUUCUUUUUUCUUUUUUUGUUCUUUUGUUUCCUUCUUUCUUUCUUUUUACUUUAUUUCCUUCUUUCUUUCUUUCAGCUUAUACAAUUUUAUCUUUACUCUCCUCAUACAUCUUUCUUUCUUUCUUUCUUUCUUUCUUUCUUUCUUUCUUUCUUUCUUUCUUUUUAAUUAUUACUCUCUUCUCCCUUUCUGUCCUGAUUCCUUUGUUCCGAUUUACUUUCUUUCUUUCUUUCUUUCUUUCUUUUUUCUUUCUCAUUCACCUUUCAAGACAUACUCUUUCCUCUUUCCUCUCCACAUAUAUCUUUCGUUCUUUCUUUUUUUCUUUUUUCGUUCUUUUGUUUCCUUCUUUCUUUCUUUUUACUUUAUUUCCUUCUUUCUUUCUUUCAGCUUAUACAAUUUUCUCUUUACUCUCCCCAUACAUCAUUCUUUCUUUCUUUCUUUCUUUCUUUCUUUCUUUCUUUCUUUCUUUUUAAUUAUUACUCUCUUCUCCCUUUCUGUCCUGAUUACUUUCUUCCGGUUUACUUUCUUUCUUUCUUUCUUUCUUUCUCAUUCCCAUUUCAAGACAUAUUCUUUCCUCUUUUCUCUCCACAUAUAUCUUUCUUUCUUUCUUUUUUCUUUCUUUUGUUUCCUUCUUUCUUUCUUUUUACUUUCUCUGCUUCUUUCUUUCUUUCAGCUUAUACAAUUUUCUCUUUACCCCCCCGCCCCAACAAACAUGCAUUUUUCUUUCUUUCUUUCUUUCUUAAUUUUGUUUCAUUCUUUACAUAUUAUCAUUUCUUUCUUAUUUUAUUGCAUUCAUCACGUGUUCUUUCUUUCUUUCUUUCUUUCUUUCUUUCUUUCUUUCUUAUAA